AUGGCCGAAAAGCGCAAACUUCCAGCGCGUGAGCGACGCGAGCCCGCAGCCAAAAGACGUGUCUCCGAAGCCACGCCGCAGUCUCACAGGAAAAAGGCGCCAACGCCUCGCGCGCCGUCGCCCGAGCUAGUUGAUUCCCCUUUACCAACCAAAGUUAAGGAUGGGGAUAGCUUGCCUGUUGUCCGUGUGCGACAGCCGGUCUCCUUAUCAGACAAAGAGUACCAAUCAAUUGCCGAAAGUGCUGUUCUUCUUGCCUCGUUGGAAAGAUCGAAGAAAAAAUGGCUAAGCGAUGGAAUCUUGGUUCGAUACUAUACCAAGCCGAAAAAGACGAAACGCGAACAAAUCGAAAAGAACAACCCACCAAAGGAUAGCAUGGCGAAAGUUGGGCCUUGCGACGUCACAAUCGGUCCUCAUUUCUUCGAUGCUAUGAUUUAUAUUGUUAAAGACCCCAGUGCGCCGCCGACACUUCAAUACGCGCCCCCGCAACGACCGAUGGUUCACUAUGGCCACCCUAAUAACUUCCAACAAUACCGGCCGUACUCUACCCCGACCAACCAACAACGACCUGCGCAAUAUUCGCCCGCUCCUGGUCGUCCUGGGUACCCCGGAAGUCAUGCGACGCCCCAGCAAGCUCGUGGCUCAAAUCAAGGCAAUGCGCCCUCUCCUCAAGGUGGAUCAAGGCCAGCACAAGGGCAAAAGAGCCAGCCUGCCAAGCCCAGUCCGGAUCCCGUCAUUCAAAUGCUGGCUACAAGGGCAGCGGCAGACCCUGAACUCAAGGCCUUGAUGCGUGUUGUGGCCUCGAGUCAAGCAUCGCAGGAACAGCUUCGCGCCUUCCAGGCACACAUCGAUGAGCUCAACGCCAUCAUAAAAUCAAGAGAACAACAAGAACAACGUCAGCAAGCUUCUACUGGAACACCUGUACAACAACCAAGCACAACGCCACAAUCUCAAACCCAGCAAAAGCAAGCUAACGACCCGAAGUCAACCCAAGCGCCACAGCAGUCCCAGACCCCAUCAAAGCAGCCCCCCGCAAAGCCAGGAGUCCAGCCCCAGACCCCAGCGCAAGGAUCAUCAACUCAGCCUCAACCUCCCAAGAGCGCUAAUGAGUCAGCUACCGUCAAGCCAGAGACAUCAUCCGCGGAUACCAGCUCUCACCCGGUGGCACCUCCCUCGGUGCCAGCCCAACCUGCGACUCCUAGCUCUGUGAAUACCCCAGGCCCAGCUACAACGGGCUCGCACCAGCAAACCCCCGUAGUGAAUCCGACACCACCAGGUACUACUCAGCAGCUAGGAGCAAGACCAGGACCGCCGUUCACCCCUUAUCAACAACCUUCGUAUGGAUCACAACCUCAACUGCAAUCUCGUCCGCCGCAAUACGGUUCUCCUGUUCCAUUCCCCCGUCCACCUCCGAUCCCAUACGUAUCCCCACUCAUUCCUCCCCGGGUAAACUACAAGUCCGUGGUCUUCGAGUUCACGUCUCCUUUGACUCCAUAUGGAAGCAGCACAUCAGGUCAUGCUGGCUCAGGUGAUCGUUAUCUGUUCCCCGAAUACACCAUCUUGGAAUGGCUCCCUGCCGAAAAUACUGUGAUUGCCUCCUUUUUGGUAGUACGGAAGGUUGCACCAAACACACCAUUCCCCCUUGAAACCGCCACAGAGGCUGCCGGUUCGAAAGGCAAGGGCAAGGCGGCAGCCAAAUCCAAGAAAGGUGAUCCAAAGACUAAAAUCGAGAACGGCAAAACUCCAACCGAUACCCCUACCCCAAGCCAGCCAAGCACACCUGUCCCCGGAACACCACAAAAGCAAGAGCCAUCAGACCAGAAGGGCGUCGUAACCCCGGGCCUCCCCGGUGCUACUCCCAACGAAGCCAAUCUCAAGGAGUACUGGCAACCAGUCACGUUCCGAAUCCACGCCCCUAAUGCUAAAAUCCUCGAGCCUCUAGCCCGCGUCGUCAAACCGGCUGACGAGGUCCGCAAAUAUAUGAACGAGAUUAUGGACCGCGCCGAACGUGCGCCAGAUGGCUACCUAGCCAUGCGCCUCCCUCGCGAGGAGGCCCAGGAACCAUUCGAAAAGGAUGGAACGCCUGCCUCUUCUGGCAAUGUUGGUUCUGGAACCCGUAGUCGCCUGUCCCGUGUUCAGCUCGCUGGCGAUGAAUCCGAGGUGGAAAAUUCUGGGUUCGAGUUUGAGGAGGAUGAAGAUGAUCUCAAGGAUUUCUAUGAUGCUCCGAGUGGACUGCCGCCCUUGAAAGUGUAG